AUGCAGCGGCAGAGUUGGCCCUGUGGCGCGGCAGAAAUUCAGUGCACUCAUUGUGGAAGAAGGGCAACCAGAGCUGCCGGUCACCAUUAUGAACUUCAGUGUGGACAUACUUUUUGUGAACUGUGUUUGUUAAUAACUGAAGAAUACAGCACAAUUACAUGCCCUGAUUGUGAGGUUGCUACAACUACAAAUUGGAGACAAGAAUAUUACCCAGCAGAUGGGUGUAUCAAAGAAGAUUCUUUUAUGGAAAAAUUGCAGCCGAAAAAGGUAAAGUAUUCUCAGAGCUUUAAGAAGACUGCUAACCAACACAUUGUUGAUUCAGAAUAUUCUGCCUCCACUUGCAGGACAGUUUUGAAGCCAUCAACUAUAAUGACGGAAACCAAAACUGCUGAAGAAAUUGAUGAAGCACUGAUGACAGCAGGCUAUAAUCUUGAACAAUUAAAUGUUGCUGUGAAAGUCCUUGAACACAUGCACAAACAAACAAAAGAAGAGGCAUUCAGUCUUAUGGAAAGUCUGGAGAAACAGUUUGAUCAGCUCUUUACUUCUCUUGAUUCUAGGAAAAAGAGCCUGUGUGAAGAAGUAAUGAGAAAUAGAGAUGAUUAUUUAUCAAAUGUAGCAAUGACCAAAAGCUACAUUGAAGAGAAAAAAAAAGAUUUGGAUGCAGCAAUGAAGAUAGCAAGAGAGUUAAAAUCAGCACCUUCUCUAAGAACAUAUUGUGACCUGAAUCAGAUUAUCUGGAAUUUGAAAUCAACAUUUGAGAGUGAAUUGUCACAGGUCAGCUCUCUAAAAUUAAGAUGUUCUCCCAAGUUGAGUAUGAAUUGCAGUGAGAUCAUCUGUAUGUUUAACAAUAUGGGAAAGAUUGAAUUUGAGGAUUCAGCAAAAUGUAAUUCCCAAGAAAAUGAAAUUGGACAGAGUGUUCAAAGGAAAUAUAAAAAGGAAUUUUCUUGUCUUGACACCUACCCAUCAUCACAAAAGAAAAAUGUUGAUAUAUCUGUUCUAACUGAUGAAGCCCCACCAGCUCCCUUGCAACAGGAAACCAGUAAUGCUCAUUUAGAAGCAAAAACCUUCCAGCCACAGAAAGAGGUUGUCGCAAUAACAUCCCCUAAAACUGUUGCUGCUCUGCCUCAGAUGGGAUCUAGCCCCGAUGUGAUAAUUGAAGAAAUUAUUGAAGAAAACCUGGAAAGUUCUCCAGAGCUAGUUUUUGUGAGCCAUGUGAUACAUCCCUGUCACUUCUACAUUCGAAAGUAUUCACAAAUAAAAAAUGUAACAAUAUUGGAAAAGAAGGUGAAUCAAUUUUGCAAUAAGAGUUUACACCUUAAUCCUUCAGACGAUUUGGAGCUAGGUGCAAGAAUAUUUGUCAAGAGUAUUGAAAAUGGAAUGUGGUGUCGAGGAACUAUCACUGAAUUAAUUCCAAAAGAAAGUGAAAAUACUAGAAAACUUUGUAGUCCAACCAAAUUCUCAGUCCGUGAAGUUGCACGAAUACAAAUAUUCAUGGUAGAUUUUGGAAAUUCUGAAGUCCUAAUUGUCACAGGAGUUGGUGAUACCCAUGUGAGAUCAGAACACAUUGCUGAGCAUCAUUUAGUGCUAAAUGACUUAUGUCUGGUUCUAAGGAAAUCUCAACCACACAUUGAAGGACUCCUGGAAGACAUCCAACCAUUAGCACAAUUAUGCUCAUUGAAAGACAUUGUUCCACAGAAUUCAAAUGAAGGGUGGGGAGAAGAUGCUAAAGUAGAAUUUUUGAAAAUGGUAAAUAACAAGGCUGUCUUAAUGAAAGUUUUUAGAGAAGAAGAUGGUGUGCUUAUUGUAGAUCUGCAGAAACCACCAACAAAUAAAAUAAGCAGUGAUAUGCCUGUGUCUCUUAGAGAUGCAUUAGUUUUUAUGGAACUAGCAAGGUUUAGAUCACAGUCCCCAAGAAGUCAUUCUGGAAAAAAUACAGCUUUACACUAUCAUCCACCUAUUUUGCCUAAAGAAAUGACUGAUGUCUCCGUUAUGGUUUGUCACAUAAAUAGUCCUAGUGAUUUUUAUCUUCAGUUGAUAGAGAGCCUAGAUUUUUUAUUUCUACUAAAGACAAUUGAGGAAUUCUAUAAAAGUGAAGAUGGGGAAAAUCUGGAAAUCCUCUGUCCAAUUCACAAUCAAGCCUGUGUUGCCAAAUUUGAAGAUGGAGUUUGGUAUCGAGCAAAAGUUGUUGGUUUGCCAGGACAUCGGGAGGUUGAAGUUAAAUAUGUGGACUUUGGCAAUACUGCAAAAAUAACACUUAAAGACAUGCGUAAAAUAAAGGAUGAGUUUCUGAAUCCCCCUGAGAAGGCAAUUAAAUGUAAGCUAGCCUAUAUUGAACCAUGUAAAAGGACAAUGCAGUGGCCAAAAAAAUCUAAAGAAAAAUUUGAAGAAAAGACUCAAGAUAAAUUUAUGACAUGUUCAGUUAUUAAAAUUCUGGAAGAUAAUGUGCUGUUAGUUGAGCUUUUUGAUUCUCUUGGUGCUCCUGGGAUGACUCCUACUAGUAUUAAUGACCAGCUAGUCAAAGAAGGCCUAGCAUCUUAUGAAACGGGAUAUUCCUGCAAAACUAAUUCCAAAAAGCAUAUUGAAGUAUGGGACCCUUCUCCAGAAGACAUUAUUUCCAAUGAAGUAAACAGCUUUAACCCUGUGUCUGCAAAAUCUCUACCUAAUGAGAAUCUUCAAUCACUAUACAAUAAGGAACUCCCUGUACAUAUCUGUAAUGUAGUAUCUCCUGAGAAGAUUUAUGUUCAGUGGUUAUUAACAGAAAACUUACUUAACAGUUUAGAAGAAAAGAUGGUUGCUGCUUAUGAAAACUCAAAAUGGGAACCUAUUAAAUGGGAAAAUGAUAUGCACUGUGCUGUUAAGAUCCCAGACAAAAAUCAGUGGCGAAGAGGUCAGGUCAUCAGAAUGGUUACAGACACAUUGGUAGAGGUCUUGCUGUAUGAUGUGGGUGUUGAGCUACUAGUGAAUAUUAACUGUUUAAGAGAACUUCAAGAAAACCUUAAGACAAUGGGAAGAUUAUCUUUGGAAUGCUCUCUUGUUGAUAUAAGACCAACCGGUGGCAGUGACAAAUGGACAGCUACAGCUUGUGAUUGCCUUUCAUUGUACCUAACUGGAGCUGUAGCAACUAUAAUCUUACAGGUAUGUAGUGGAGAAAAUAACACAUCAUGGCCAUUACCUGUGAAAAUUUUCUGCAGAGAUGAAAAAGGAGAGCGUGUUGAUGUUUCCAAAUAUUUGAUUAAAAAGGGUUUGGCUUUGAGAGAAAAGAGAAUUAAUAAAUUAGAAAAUAGCCAUGCCUUAUUUGAAAAGUCUCUGGAAAUCCCCCUGGAACAAGAAAACUCAAUGAUUUCUAAGUGUAUUAAAAUUAAAUUUGACCCUGACAAAACUGCUGAUAAUAUCAGUGAGCACAUGGUAUCUGAAAUUAAGGGGAAAAAUGUAGAAGCAAGAAUUACUGGAAGUUAUAAACCACCAGCCAUUCCUAACAUGAAAGUAUUUGAGGCAAUAAUCAGCUGCAUUGGUGAUGAUGGAACUAUAUUUGCAGUACCUAAAUUUGCAGAGUUAGAGCUAAUAAAAAUGAUGAAUGAAAUACAAAGUAGCUUAAAAUGCCUUGGUCUUUUGGAGCCUUAUUCCUGGAAAAAAGGAGAGGCCUGUGCUAUAAGAGGAUCAGAUACAAUGUGGUAUCGAGGCAAGGUGAUGGAAGUUGUUGGCGGCACUAUCAGGGUACAAUAUUUAGAUCAUGGAUUCACUGAGAAGAUUCCACAGUGUCAUCUUUACCCUAUUUUGCUUUACCCUGAUACACCCCAGUUCUGUAUUCCUUGUCAGCUCUAUAAUACUGUACCUGUUGGAAAUGUCUGGCAACCAGAUGCAGUAGAACUCCUGCAAGAACUGCUUUCAAAAAGAGAGGUGGAAAUUCACAUUAUGGAAUUACCUGAAAAUCCAUGGGGGAAAUCAUCUGUUCAUCUCUAUUUUGAUGGAAUGUCACUUUCUUACUUUAUGGUCCAUCAUAAAUAUUGUACUGUUGAACAUUCUGAGGAAAUAUUAAAAGAAAAACCAACAAAUUACAAUAAAAAGUAUGAGGAAGAAAGAUGGGAAAUAAGGUUUGAGGAAUUGCUUUUGUCUGAAACAGAGACUCCUAUUUUACCACCCUAUUUGUGUUCAUCUCUGCCUCCCCCAGAAGAACUUUAUGCUGUUCAAGUUAAGCACGUUGUAUCACCUAAUGAAGUAUAUAUUUGCCUUGAUUCUGUAGAAAACUGUAAUCUGUUUAGCCAACAUAGUGACACAGAUGACAGUGGAGUCAGCUGGGAAUCCGAGUUUGAAAGCCUUGAUGAAGCCUUGCGGAUAUUUAAUAAGAAUAUGGAGACAUUUCCUCCGCUGACAGAUUUUAGGACAGAAAUGCCUUGCCUUGCAGAAUAUGAUGAUGGCCUAUGGUAUAGAGCAAAAAUUGUUUCCAUUAAAGAAUUUAAUCCUCUGGCUGUCUUGGUACAGUUCGUUGAUUAUGGAUCAACUGAAAAGCUGACAACAAACAGACUGCGUCAAAUUCCUCUUCACCUUAUGCAGUAUCCAGCCCGAGCCAUAAAGGUUCUCUUGGCAGGGUUUAAACCUCCAUUAAGAGAUUCAGGAAAGACAAGAAUACCAUAUUGUCCCAAAUGGAGCAUGGAAGCAUUAUGGGCUAUGAUAGACUGUCUUCAAGGAAAACAACUUUAUGCUUCUUCCAUGGCUCAGGCACCAGAACAAAUAGUGACUUUAUAUGAAGAUAAUCAGUAUCCAGUUCAUAUGUCACUAAUAGAAAUGGGGCUUGCAGACCAAGAUGAAUAAUGUAUACAGUAUAGAGCACCUAUAGCAACCCAGAAGAAUUUUUUGUUACAUU